AUGGCCAACCUGUCCAAGGACAAAGAGGCCUUGAAGCCAAACCCGCACCCUUAUGCUAUCAAAACUACAUCUACCGCGCUCCUUUCUCGCUCCAACUCAUCAUCGCAAAGCGCAAGGCCAAUUCACAAUUACAUCCCCAGUCCCAGCCCAAGUCCCACAAGGAGUCGGCCAAGUCAGAGGCAAUAUGGAUAUUCUCAUGGAAGUGGUCACAGAUACUCGAGAAGUCUAACUGGGGAGUCUCCGAGACCAUUACCAGUGCCGCCGUCACCAUCGCCGACGAAGCAAUUGUACACCUCAGGACACGGACAUUCGCCUUCUUUCGACGUUGAUCUACCCGCAAACCCCAAACUAUGGACACCGUCGCAGCUGGCGACAUAUCUCGCCACUGCUUUACGCGUUCGCUCGGGGGAAUCGUUGCAAUUGCCGGCCCCUGUCGCGCGCGACAUCGCGGCUUUCGUCAAGACCUCAAAAAUCACUGGGAAGGAAUUUCUGAGGUUUAAUGAGCAGGAUCUGAACGACUAUGGCAUCAACAAGUUGUGGUCGACUGCUCUCUUUGCGGCAUCGCGUACUCUUAGGCAAAAUGUUCUGAAGGGCCGCAUUUGGGGGUUUGGCAGCAACGACUUCAACGGGCCUUCCAGUAAUGAUACUCCUUUCGGGGAACACGCCCAGUAUGACUCCGCUUCUUCUACCUCAUCUCUGGACAUCGAUAGAUCUUAUUCGGACAACGACUUUUUCGAUACGACCUUUCAAUCCAAUGCCAAACACCCCUUGGACGACGUUACACCGGUCAAGCGCGCGCGAAAAGGUCGUGUUAGCGUAGGGAAACUGAAGAAUGGCCGUGUCAAAGGGAUGGUUGAAACUUUCGAGAGGAGUGGCAGCGUUGACGAAUCCACGGGUCGUACUCGAAGCGGAAGUGAAAGUAGUGUCAGCGGUUCGGAGGAUCCAGUGCAUCCUACCCUACGCCCUCACCAAACAGGCACAGCUAUCUAUCAUACUCAACCCCCGCAGUUCCUACCACCUUCCCACCAAGUAUCCGAACCCCUUCAAUCCGAUGCUGAUACCUACGACACUGCUACUGAAGGCGGACAAUAUGACACCGCUACUGAGGGCGGUGAUGAAGGCGGCGGAUCUGGAGAGCCAAGUCCGCAGGCUCCGAGAUUCGAGCGCGUUGCUCAGGCAGACGAAGAACUACCCAUGGAAGAACUCCUUGCCCAAAUAGAAGUAGAGAAAUCCAGCGGCGGGGUCCAUGCUUGGGAGCUCGACGGGAAUGGUACUGCUAUCAUCACCAUGAAACAUCUUCCUACAACUUCAGAGACUCCAGUUGAACGAUCAAUCUCUAGUGUGGAUAGUUUGAAAGGGAGGCCGCUUCCCCAUCCCCCUGCUUCUGGAUCUCCCGUGGUAUUUCUUCCCGCUGCUCAAACACUCCCCUCACAGUCCACCGGCUCGCGACAGUUACCAGCCCUACCCAACUCCCACAUUCACGCGCCGAAACCGCAACAUGGCUCCCUCCGCGGCCUCGGCGCGUCCUGGAAUGCUGUCGACGGCGAUGGAGUCUCCCUGCUGACGGGCAGUGUCGAUUCUCUCCUUAGCACUACCGACGACGGUGCAUUGGAGGGCCAGAAUGGGAGCUUCGGGAACAGCGACGGGUGGACGAAGGCACCUAGCGAAGCAGGAAGCGGGAAAGCGAGUAAGCGAAUAAGAGUGAGCGGCGGCAGUGGCCUGAGUAGUGGGAGCGGGAGAGUUAGUAUGAGUCGAAGAAGUAGUGGGCAGACGAAGAGGGCAGGUAUCUCGGAAAUCUUUGGGAUUUCUAAGGAGGAGGAUUCCGUCGUUGAAUCCACCGAGCCUGAUGGCGCAGACGCGCCCACAGUGGAUUCGAACGAGGCCGAGGAGGCGUCGAAACGAGCGGCGUUGGAGGAGUUGUUGCUUGAUAAAUCUAGAGCGCUAGAAGAGUUGCAGGAGCGCAUUACGGAGAAGGAGAGUGAAGCCCGGGAAUACGCAGCCGAGAAGGCGGCUUGCGCUGAACGGGAGCAAACCCUGCAGACUGAGCUUGCAGACGCGCUAGCCUUGGUUGAGUCGUACAAGACACGCCUAGGCGAGGCUGAGAAGAGGGUGGAGGCUCUGGAAGAUGCGGAAGAACGAAGACGACAAUCUGAGACGUCCGUGACCAAGGACCCAAUUUCCGCCAUGACCAGGAACAAAUCCCAGAAACCCGCCCAGACGUUCGGCGCCGGCUUUAACUUGGGUCUCUUCAUGAACUUGGUCCCCCAGUCCGUCCUGGGACGCGUAUUCCGGCCACAAACUGUCUCGCCUGACACGCCGUCGUCGUCUCGCUCGCCGACAGCUGUUGGCGUUGGCAAAGAUGACGUUGAACUGGGCGAAGCCCAAAAGGGGUUCCAAUCUGCCACUGCAUCCCCUUCCGCACCGGGAGCUCCCUCGACAUCAUCUAAUCGCUGGAAAGACUGGUUGGCGUUAUCCCCGGUGCCAUUGUACUCGGGAUCCGGGACAAGUGAUGACAGCUCCGAAAAUGGGGAAGGCCAUCCCCGCCAAUUCCCUCCUUGGAGCAAUCCUGCCACUAUCCGUGCACUGCCCCCAUACGUCUUCCUCGUUGGACUAGGUGUCGCUGCCGUUGUUCUCCGAGUUGUUUUGAAGCGCGUUGGUUAUCGACUUGGACUUGGUGUUGGCGUGAGGCGGUGA